AUGCUGCCAUUUGGGUACAUUGUUUUGUAAUAUUUAGUUUUUAGUGAUUUAAAUACUUCGAAUUUGAAAAACAGCAGAGGUGUAGUACAAAAAAGUAGAAGUGCAAGAAAUUUAUGGUAAAAUGAUCAGAAGAGUCCCAGAGCAAAUGUGCAAUAGAGAAAAACGAGAAAAAAGAGUACUUUCAAGUUUGAAAAUGUGCAUGAUAACAUCAUUCAAAUUUAAUUGGCUUCAGAUGAGAGCUAUGAAAUGGAUAUCAACGAAGAGAUAGAAAUUGAUAAAAAAGCUAUGUCCAGAGGUCUGCAAAACGAAUUUAGUCCUGAUAAAAGGAAAACCUUUAGAGCUAAGCAAUUUCAGAUUUAUAAAACUCUUCAAGAAUACAUGGAUGAGGAGUUGAUUGAAGAAGAUAGAGAGGAUAUUCAAGAACAGACUCCAACUCCUAUCUAGAGACAAAAUCAAAAAAUAACUCCUGAAGAGAUCAUAUUUUAAAAGAAUUUAUAAAUCCCAGAUAUUAUAUCUGAAUUUACGAAAUUGUAUGAAUCUGAUCCUCACAAUGACAAUUACAAUCUCUAAUUAUUGCAUGUAGAAGGAUGGGAAGAAAUAUGGCUAAACCAUUAAUUCUAUAAGGAUGCAUAUAUAUUACUAUGGUUAAGAAAGUUAAUUGUGACAUUUUUUAAUUCAAUAUCUUUGAUUUGUUAUAAAAUUACCACCAACAUAGUGUCAAAUUUUAUAAUGCUUCUAUUAGUGUCAAUAAAUAUGGUGUUAUACAUAACCAAAUUUUAUGAUGAUGUCUAUACUCAAUACAAACAAUUAUUUGAUGGAUGGUCAUUAAGUAAUAAAUGUUCAAUUAUAAUAGUCUUCUUUUGGAUUUAUGUUGUAGAACAUGGCAUAAAGAUAGUUGGAUUAGGAUUAGUUUAGUUUUUUAAGGUAUUCUGGAAUUGUUAUGAUUUGGUCAAUCUAAUUCUCUUUGGAUUGUAUAUUUAUGGAAGUUUAUCAUUUGAUUUUUCUCCCUUGAGAGCUAUGAGAAUAUUGAUUUAGUUAGCAAAGAUUUCAUCACAAUUAUAAAAAACAUUGAAGGCAUUAACUGAAUCAUUAAAGAAUAUGAUGGAGGCAUCAUUGGUUGUCUUGAUUUUUUGUAUAUUCUUUGCUAAUGUUGGUGUUCAUUUAUUCAGUCAAUUAUUAUAGAAUAGAUGCUUUUACAUUGAGGAUGGGAUUUAGGAUUUCAAUUAAAAUAUUUGUGGUUGGGUGGAUUGUCCUAAUAAUAUGAAUUGCUUUUAGUCUUUGAAUAAUGUGGAUACUGCUACUAAUUUUGAUAAUUUCUUUUUCGCCUUUGCUUAAAUCAUUCGUACAAUUACUAUGGACAAUUGGACUGAUGUUAUGUAUUAUACUAUGUAUACAUUAAGUCCUAUGACAUGGAUUUAUUUCGUUCUUGUCAUUUUUAUAGUAGGUUUUUUUGCAUUUAAUCUAAUUAUUGCUGUUUUGAAAACAUAAUAUUCACAAAUUGUAUCCAAUUAUUAAGAAGACAAAGAAGAUUUAUCAAAUAAAUAAACUUACAUAGAACCAUUAAACCUAAGAUUUAUAAAAAAUAUAGGAUUGUACAAUUAAAUAAAAACAUUAUAAAAAGUACGAAAGAGAGCCUCUCAACAAUCACUUUCUCAAAGUCAUGUUUCUUAGAAUAAGUCAAUUGAUAAUUAAAUAUUUUCACCAAAAGGAAGUCAAUUGAUACAAAAAUCUAAAGUAAUUUCCUAAUUCACGGGUGGAUUUGGCUAAAUCAACAAAUUGUAAAAAAUGGUGAGGAGAGCCAAAACAAUAAAAGAAAAGAAGAAAUAACAAAGGUUGAUUCUGUCAGCAAGAUAACAGAAAUUGCUGUAGAAAAGAGAGAAUGAGGAGAUGGGCAUAAUGAAUAGCAAUGAAUAAAGCAUUUUUGAUAAGUUUAACUUAAAAGCCAUUUUGUAACCACAAAGAAAUUUUAACAUUGAAUAAUCAAAAUAUGAAUAAACUGUAUAAGGGGAUAUAAAGGGGAAAAAGAUACUGAUGAGUUUAAAAUACAAUGAUGUUUUGGCAUGGAAAUUGGAUCUGAAGUAUUCACCCUACCAUUCAACAUCCAAAAGAGAUGUAAUAAGCGAACUCAAGGAGAUAUUGUAGAAAGAGAAAAAAUUGAAAGAGUAGUAUGAAAAGGUUAAAAGACAAAAUCUGAAAUAAUAUUAUAUGUUAGACAUCUAUGAUAAGUAAAGGGAGAAGAUAUCAUAGUAAUUGUAGUCUUCUGAUAAUGGAAAUCCAUCUAUUCAAAGACUCUACAGUAUAAAAUAUGAUAUAAAUACAAAAAAUAGAGACCAACCUAUUACAUCUAAAUUGAAAUUGAAAUUCCCAAUCAAAUCAAGUAGAAGAAUCUUUGGAUCUGAAUUAAAUAUGGGUGAUUCAAAUAAUGAAAUUCCUACUAAUAAGUCAUCCAUUACUCGGAAAUCAUAUUACGAUCAUUUAAGAAAGCAAAGGCUGUUUUUUCAGAGAUCUCAAACUAAAAUGCACAGGGCAAGUUCAGAUGCCUUUAUGGAAUUUCCAGAAUGGCAGGAAGGGCAAUCUUAUAUCACAAUAAAUGGUAUCAAGUGGAAUCAUGAUGCUUGUUCUAUUUUGAUUAAUAGGAAGAUUAAUGAGUUGGAUGAAGAUGAUGAUAAUGAUGAUUCAGAUGAUGAUCGAAUUUUAAAAUUAGAUUGGAUGGAUCAAAAUUAUGAGCACUAUAUCCAAAUUAGAAAAAAAGAAUUAGAGUAAGGCUUUAUAAGAAGACACAAUAUCUCGAUGCUCAACAUCAUGAAUAAUUUAACAAAAAAUAAAUUGAUUUCUAUACUCAAAUCACUAAAUAAGCAUGACUAUAAUAUUUGGAUCUAAGGAUUCUAUGGCUAUUGGAUUGUUCUCUAAUUUAAAUUGCAUAAAUUAUUGGAGGAGAAAAUGGUAUCAAUUAUUUUUGACUUGUACACAAUGGUUAAUUUCUUUAUUCUUUGUAGUGAAGGCUAUUUAAGUUCAGAUUUGGUUGAUUCAAUUAAUUCAGUUAUGACAUUCCUAUUAUUGGGGGAGAUAGUGUUGAAGAUCAUCGGUUAUGGAAUUAAAGAUUUUAGCAAAAUGUCUAGUAAUAACUUAGAUGCUUUUGUCAUUGUUUUGUGUUUGUUAUAAUACUUUAUUUCAAUCACUUAGCCAUAUUGGUUGGAAUAAUAUAGCAGCGAAAUUAAAGUGUUAAGAGCAUCAAAAGCCUUUAUGUUAUAUAGGGUGAUUAAAUAUAAUAAAUUUGUUGUAAGAAUAAUGAAGAUCGCCUAAUUAACAAUGAAGUCGUAUAUAAACAUAACAUUUUUAAUGUUUUAUGUCAUCUUUAUGUAUGCUAUAAUGGGAUUGUAAUUUUUUGUGAAUAAAUUUGAUGAAUCGUAAAGAUUAGCUUAACUGCAUUCAUUUAACAGCAUAGGAAAAUCGUGGAUGACUGUAUUUAAUACAAUUACAAAUGAUGAUGCAGUUGGUAUGUUGAAAGUGGCUACUUAAUACACUGACACAUGGAUUGGAUUGUUAUUUUAUAUUACAAUGGUGUUUGGUUUAAACUAUUUGAUAUAUGGUUUGGUGAGUGCAGUAUUGUUGGAUGCAUUCUCAUCUGAAUUAGAAAAGGGGAAUUAGUAUGAGGAAAAGAGAGAGAGAAUAUUGUAGAAACUAGGAAUACAAGAGAAUAUCAAUUAGAAUGGCACUUAAUUAGAUACCCUAUCAUCAUAUAAGAAUGAGAAGGAUGAUAAUGAUGAUAUUCUCAAUGAUAUCAAGAUAUAAUAAUAACAAUUUAUAAAAAGAUAGACAUUUAACAGCAAGAAGAGCAUUUAUCAACAAGUACCUGAAACAGUUAAACAUAUAUUCAGUAAAUAGAAAUCUUUAGAAAUCUAGUAUUAUAAAGAUAUUGAAUGCGAAUAUUCACUAUUCAUAUUUCAAUUUGAUCAUAAUUUUAGAAAGUUUUGUUAUCGAACAACGAAAUCUGUGAUUUUCAAAUUUGUAUUGAAUAGCUCAAUUUGCUCAUCAGUAGCAACUAUGAUCAUCAUCUCAUUUGAUGACAGUUUACCAUCAUUACAUACAAAUAACUUAAACACAUUCUAUGAGUAUCAUUUAUUCGCUGUGAAUCUAGUCAUCACUAUUACUUAUAUUUUGGAGAUUAUAUCUCAAGGGAUGUUAUUGGAUUAAGGAGCAUUCUGCAGAGACAUAUGGAGAUUCAUCGAUAUCUUAUAUUUGAUUAGUUAUUACUUGUCCUUUAUGACUCUGUCUCCUUUUUUGAAAUUCUCACUUUAUCUAAUUUAUCUACGUCCUUUGAUGAUGAUAAACAUGUUUCAAAGUAUCUAAGGUAUUAAAAAUGCAAUGAGUUUGAGUUUGGUGUAAAUUCUGAACAUUAUAGGAGUUAUUUUGUUAGUGUUUUUAAUAUUCGAUGUCAUUGGAAUGCAUUUAUACUAAAACAAAAUGGGUUAUUGUGAAGACUUAAUGAAUUUCUAUGUGAAUGAAUUUCAAUGUUCGCAACAAAACAAGACUUGGGUAAUUCAUCCAUACAACUUCGAAAAUAUUCUAAAUGGAUUAUUGACAUUAUUCUUGGCUGCAUCUUUAGAUGGAUGGGGAGAGAUCAUGCAAGUUUGUUUUAAUGCAAAUGAUUCUAAAUAUGGACCAACACCUCUUAAUACACAAUGGGCUACUUAUUUAUUCUUUAUUUUGUUUAUUUUCAUUGGAGCAAUGUUUUUUAUGGGAUUCCUCACAGGUGUUCUUUUCACAGAGUUUUAAAAGUAUACAAAACAACUAGAAAAUAAAUACUUAACUAGUGACUAAUCACAAUUCCUUAAAAUCUCAGAAUUGAUACUAUAAUAAAGUCCAGGUUACAGCAAUCCUCCUAAAACUCCCCUUAGACGAUUGUGUUAUAAGAUUGUGUUUAGUCUAUGGUAUCAUAAAUUCUUCAUUGUUGUAUUAUGUGUCAACACCAUUGUGUUAUGCUUAUUCUAUUCAGAUGCCUCAUAUGAAUACAUGUCAAAUCUAAAUAAGACGUAUUAAGUAUUGACAGGCGUGUUUGCUCUUGAUACGAUCAUUAAGUUAUUGGCUUAUGGUCCAACUAGAUAUUUUGCUACUAAUUGGAGAGUUAUUGAAUUGUCCCUUUCAUUUAUAGCUGUGGCUGACUUCAUCUAUGAUAGUUAUUGGGGAUGGUUCACUACCUUCUUAGGAGCUAAUUAAUCGGACAAAUACUUCACCUUCUAUAGGAUUUUGUUUUGUAUGCGAGACAUCCGUAUUCUUUUGAUUAUUCAAGAAUUCAAGGGGUUACUUAGAUUAUUGAGAGUCCUUUUGUUUUCGAUGCCUUUAUUAUUUAAAAUCUUAUACAUUCAAGUCAUAGCCUAAACUACAUAUGCUCUAAUAGGGAAGGAAUUGUUUUCACAUAUUUCAAAUGGAUCUGUAAUUGACGAUAAAUAUGCAAAUUUUAAGAACUUUAUUAAUUCUGCAUUGUUGAUGUUCAAAUGCACUACAGGUGAUGAUUGGAGAGCCCUGUUGAUUGAUUGUUCUCCUCAAAACUAUUAUUGCAGGAGUGACAGCAAUUAAUGCGGUUCUUAAUGGUCCUUGCCUUUCUUUCUUUCAUAUUAUUUAUUUUCAAAUAUCAUCAUCAUGAAUCUAUUUGUAUUAGCUUUGGUGGAUUAGUUUGAAAAUUUCUUCAAUGCCUCUACUAAUGCCAUCCAGACAUUCGUUGAGAAUGUUGAUCACUUUUGCAAUGUAUGGUGCAAAUACACAUAUGAAACUAAAGGAACCAAAAUGCAUACGCGUUUUAUUGCUCGAUUUUUGUUAGAUUUACAAGAACCUCUAGGAGCUCUCGAAGGAGAUAACGUAUGGGAUGCAGCCAAGAGUGCAUCUAAUUUUAGAAUCAGAUCAAAUAAACAAGGUUAUGUGUACUUUAAUGAACUACUUUAUGAGACAAUUCGAUUUGCUUUUAAAGAGAGUGUAUUCAAAUCAGGAUCACUAAUUGGUAGAUCACAAAUGAAGCAAUUUGAUUUAGCAAUGAAAAGGAAGAUGAGAGAAAAUAACAUUAAAUAAGAAUCAUAAUUAGAUGAAGAUUACUUUUAAGAAGAAUACAUUUCCAAACAUUAAAACUUUAACAUCCUAUCAGAGUAUCUAAAUGUAUUGAUUGCUCUUAAAACUUGGGAAGCUUACACUGUCAGAUUGAUCGAGAAAACCAAAAAACUUGAUGAAUACACUGAAUAAACAAGUUCCUCAGAUACUGAACAAAAAUUAUCAAUGAGUAUUGUACCUUCAGUUUAGAAUGCAUUUUAAAACAGAUUGGGAUAGACAAUCGAGUUAGAUACUCAUAGAAUAUCAAGAGAUUAUUGUCAUUUGAAUAUUUACAAAGAAACUAAUUUUUAUCAAUAUUAAUAGCAUUGCAUAUUAUUAGAACCCUUUAGUAAAUAGUCACAACAUGAGACACCACUUCAAAAAUCUCCAUCGACAUUCCUUGAAAAUAAAAGAUAACCAAAUCCCAAGAAAACAUUAAUUAAAAGACAGUCUUCUCUAUUUAAAUAGAAUGUACAAUCAUUCAAAGAUGUGCUAGAAAAAGUAUUUUGA